UAUAAAUAUUUGUUAUGUUGAAGUAUGGAUGUAGAUUAGGUUUAAGACGAUACUACUCUGUAUCAUCUACCGAUACUUAUAAGCUUCAACUAUAUAAAGCGGCUGAAGAUGUUAAUAAACUAUUAGAGACUCAAGAUAGAUCAUCAUAUCUCUUAGCUCAAUAUAUACCAGAACCAGUAAGAAAUACCUUUUUAGCUAUACGAGCAUUUAAUUUAGAAGUGAAUAAAAUAAAUGAUGGAGGUAGUAAUUAUGGAUCUAUAUCAUCCAAAGCUUCAUCACAAUUGAAACUGACUAUGGGAGUAACUACUUCUGAUAUAAAAUUUCAAUUUUGGAAUGAUGUAAUUACUAAAGUAUUUACUAGAGAUCCAUUUGAAAAUAAUGAUUUAGGAGAACCAAUAGCAUUUUUACUUCGAGAUGGAUUAAGAAAUGAUUUUAAUUUGGAUAUUACAUAUUUCCAUCGAUUUUUACAAACGAGAAGACAUUUCUUAAAGAAUAAACAAUUUAAUAAUAUUGAUGAUAUUUGUUCAUAUGGAGAAGGAACUUAUUCUCAAUUGAAUUAUUUAACUCAAGCAUUGUUAUUAUCACCUUCGAUUUCUCCAUCUACUAUUCGACUCUUAGAAUAUUCUCCUUCUUUACAAUCUAAAAUAAGUGAUAUAUCUGCUCAUAUAGGUCAAGCAACUGCUAUUAGUUCAAUGAUACUUGGACUUCAAUAUUAUGCUACAUCAAGAAAUCAAAUUACAUUACCAAUUGAUACUAUGACAAAAUUUGAAUUAUCUCAAGAAACUUUCUUAAGAUUAAUGCAAGGACAUUAUGAACGUGAUAGUUCUGAAGUAAAAGAAAUUAAAGAAAAAUUAAUUAAUAUAAUUUAUGAAACUUCCGUAAGAGCUAAUGAUCAUAUACUUAGUGCACGAGAUCUUUUAACUAAGACACAAUUAGAGAUUAAACAAGUUAUUAGUGAAAAUCAACAAGAUGAAUUACUUCAAAGAAAUUAUAAACGUUGGAGAAAAGGUAUACCGGAUGCUAUUUUCACCCCAUUUAUGGUAUCCAUCCCUACCUCACUUUAUUUACGUAAAUUAGAGAGAAAUAACUUUGAUCUCUUUAGUUCUCAGUUACAGCAGAAAGAAUGGAGAUUAGCGUGGACAUCAUUUAAGAACUAUUAUAUGAGAAGAAUAUGAGUGUUCAUAGUAACAAGUAUAUAGACUAUAACUAUAUAGCGUGUAUAGACUAUAACUAUAUAGACUAUAACUAUAUAUAUAUAUAUAUAUAUAUAUCAUAG